GAUUUUUCUCGGUCGACAAUGACGAUGUGGGCGAUUUUAACGCUGGCUGUGCUUGCGGCCACAGGGGCUGAUGGAUGCACUGUGAUCGCCGUAGGGAAGAAGGCCACAGCGGAUGGGUCUGUCAUGCUGACACACACCAACGACGCUGGCUUGAACCCUGCGGAUUUGCGCAUGGUACGCGUUCCUGCGAUGAAUCACUCGGACGGGGCUGUGCGACACGUCUUCAACUUUCAACGAAAUGGGUACCCGCGUCUAGUCACUAUGCAACGCGGUCCGCUGUACGAGCCUGUGGAUGACCAGCCCCUGUCAGAAAUCAUCGGACAAAUCCCUCAAGUGCCGUACACACAUGGAUACUUCGACCACGACUAUGGCAUGAUCAACGACGUCCAACUGAGCAUUGCCGAGAGCACGUGCGCCGCCAAAACUGUGGGGUGGCCCAAGUCGCUGCAUUAUGGCCACAACUUGUUUGGCAUUGAGGAGCUGUCGAAAGUGGCGUUGGAGCGAUGCGACAGUGCUCGGUGCGCCAUCAAACUUAUGGGGGACUUGGCCGAAACCCAUGGCUUUUUCGGGGAAUAUGGCAAGAAUCAGCGCGCGAACUACGGAAGCUCGUCGGAAGCGCUGGGCAUUUCCGACAAGUAUGGCGAAUCGUGGAUCUUCCACAUCUUGACCGGUCCCAACAACAGCAGCGCCGUGUGGGCGGCCCAGCGCGUGCCCGACGAGGAUAUGGCCGUGGUGGCCAACUCGUUUGUCAUCCGUACGCUCAACCUGGACGACUCGGACCAUUUCAUGGCGUCGGCCAACGUGGAAUCGUUCGCGAGGGACAUGGGAUGGUGGGAUCCGGCGACCGGACCGUUCGACUUUUCCGCCGCGUACUCGUGGGCCAAGCCAGGACCGACCAAGCCUCUGUACGGCGGUCGACGCAUCUGGCGCAUUUACGACGUGUUUGCGCCCUCCAAGCACUUCGACGCGACCUUGGGCCAGCACCCGCAAGUGAAAACGUACCCGUUUUCCGUCACGCCGGACGAGAAGGUCACCCCGAAGCGGCUCAUGGACAUCAUGCGCGACCACUACGAAGGCACUCCGUACGACAUGACAAAGGACGCGGCGUCGGGGCCGUUUGGCAGUCCCGUGCGGUUCGGCGGAUCCAACAAGGGCGUGGACGGCGGCUGGGAGCGCUCCAUCUCAAUGCAUCGCACGACGCACAGCUUUGUGCUGCAGGCACGAGGACACCUCCCGGACGACGUCGGCGGCGUCGCUUGGUACUCCCUCGGUGCGCCCCACGGGUCGGUGUACGCGCCGUUCUCGUGUGCCCAGCACAGCGUGCCAUCUUCGUACUUGGUGUCGCGGCGGCACCAAUUUGACACAGCGGGCGCGUGGUGGGCGUUUCAAUUCGUCAACAACUGGAGCAAUCUGCGGUACGACUUGAUGCACAAGCACAUCCAGCCAGUGCUGGACCAGAUCCAGGACGAAGCCAUUGCGCUCGAGGCAGCCACGGUCGUGGAGGUAGCAAACAUGACGGACACCCGAGCCCGCGUCGACUUUAUCGAGCGCCGCAACAACGAAUUCGCCCAGAAGAUGGUGGAUCGGUGGUGGAGUCUGGCGUUUACCCUCGUGGGCAAGUUCAACGACGGGUAUGUGAUCGACGGCGACCGGUCGGGGGACAUGCAUGUGCCGGGGUACCCUGCAUGGUGGCUCCAGUCGACCAACUACGCCGCGUGGCCGGCCAAGGACGCGUACAAUCCGCCGCAGGAGGCGCUGCAAAGCAAUGCGAUGGCCACGUCGCUCACGUUUACGAUCGUGUCGGCAUUCAGCUAUUUUACCAUUUUCGCAGUGGGGCUCAUGGUGGGCGUGCUGUACUUGAAGCAUCGCACCCGAUCGCGAGAGUACCAUCGUCUGGUGUAGAGCAUCGUGUAGAAUUUUGAGAUUAUUUCGACUAUAGUGGUGAUACUAGUACAUAUGAGUGUAAGCUGCUCGCAUUCGAAUGCUGGAUUUGUCCAAGUCCUGC